UUUCAGAGCGCUUGGAAAACUCCACCGAUGCGCCUGAAUGUCAGAGGCGGCAGGCGCUCAACCAGCAGAGACGCGGAAGCAAAAUACCCGCUGCAACUUUGGAAGAACGAAACGAAUUUGAAAUGGAAUUGGAACGGCCGGCAACAGUCCACGUGUUUCUUGAAGUUCUUGAAAUUCGAUCAUAAAACCAUUUAAUUCAUCCUCGAAUUCACUGGAGUUAGAAGAAUUACGUGCACCACAUGCGUGUUCUGCAUCUGGGUUGUCAUUUUCGGGCUGCGAAUGGCUGUGUGGAGGGGCUUAGCACAUUCAAAAAGUUCUACAGCUUGGAUUGAUGUCUGGAGUAUGGGGUGCAGAUUGUGGAUGGAAUAUUUGAAGGUGGUACGGUCGUACAGCGGCAGACAUCGACAGAGUUAAGUAGCAUUGACAGAGACUAGCAUGGACAGCAUUGGUUGCGUCGAUGGUAGUAUGCAAAGGACUAUGAUGUCGCUCGGCAAACAUGUGCUUCAAAAGCGUGCCUUGGAGAUUCGGAAAGAUGGUGGGAUUAUAAGUAGACAUUUCAAGAACGACGGAAGUAGAAGAAAGACUGGUUUUACUGAGUUGCUUCUGAGCGUGCAAGGCGUCAAGAGAGCAUUACCUAUCUUGAAUCCAAAAAGAAAUUCUCAAAAGGUUACCUUCAGUGAGCUGCUUCGGAGAGUGCACGGUGGUUUGGCAGCAUCCGUAUCUUCCGAUCACGUGUCUACCAUAAUUAUACCACCUACCACACCAGACCCAUCAACGGGAUGGCCACUGGCAAGCCCAAGUUCUGUAGUCACCCUCGGCCCACAGCAGCUGCCCACCAACUUCAUGGGUUCAGGUUAUAUGUCUGCGGAGGAGUCACCAGGAAUGAUUUAUCCUUCGCGUCUGCCCAGCUUGUCACAACAUAUGAUAGAAAGUUCAACUUUCUCAGCUGGAGAGACUACAGAAGAUUUGGAGAACACAAUGGCAACAUCGAGACGAAAUGCUCAAAGUGAUCAUUUCACAGAUUCAAAACCUCCCGUAUCUUGUUUAGACCUUAUGCCUCACCGACAUAGCCAAAACUCUCGAAAGGAUUCCCGAUGCAAUGUUGCAGUUGACGCCCCAGCAGGUCACGAUGAGCAAUUUCCCUUGAUCGACAUGGAACAACUGGCCGUAGAUCUUGAAUAUGAUGUAUACGAUGAUUUCAUGCUCGAAGAUGCAUAUAGAGAUGAAGAUCCUGAUGAAUUUUAUGAUUACCGAAUGGAUUACGCUAACAUUACCAAGCGAUCACAGCUGGAUGAUCAAGAAUCCCAGGAAUUACCUUCCUGGUGGUGUGCGGAGGAGGCUUCUUCGAAGAAAACAUUAUUUGAUGUAAAUCUUCCUCCCGAUCGAGCAGAAAGUGCAGAUGGAUACGUGGAGCAUGUCAAGCAUUUGGGAGUAAAAGGGCCGCAAGAAGACGAACCUGUCAACGUCCAUCGAGAAACCACAUGUCCUCAGAGGCGUUGCAAUGAACUAUUACCCUGCGGAGUAAGAGUUAAAAGUGAAGGUGGGGAUGAAAGAGGCCCAAUGAUGCAUCACGAGGACUCAACUAAACGCCAAAGACUCGACAUUGACAUGGAGCGGGCAUUGAAAUUGGUACAACAUUCAGAGACCUUUAAGGAGAGUUUGAAGGCACUUCGUGAUUAUACUGAAGCUUCUAAGGAUAGAGGAUGUUUUUUCCUUCCACAAGUCUUGGCAGUUGGAAAACUAGAAAAAGAAAAUGCAAUUGUACCAAAAUUUUGCAGUGCUCUGCUAACCCGUAAACCCAAACCAGUUGAAUUAGAGUUUCCAGAUUCAAGAGAUUUUGACAGGGCACUGUUCCCGAUUAAAGUGGAGGUGACUUCCGAUGCAAGGGAUCUGGUAUCGUGGAAAGAAUGGCAUCGAGCUUUGAAGUCUUCGAAUGAAGAUCUGGAGUAUAAUUGGAAAGUGCAAGCAGCACUAAAAACGCUUGAACGAGUUUGGACGAAAAUUACUAAAGACCAAGACAAGGACCGCAAUCAGUUAUCCACAGAUAAGAAUAGCCCAAAUAAUUUGCAUUUGAGUAUUGCUUCCAGACUCAGACGUGAUGGACUUUGGCUUCAUGAGGAGAAGAGACCUCUUGGACAUUGUCCGGGAGUUCCAGUCGGGGCAUGCUUCAUCUAUAGGAUCGAGAUGGCACUAAUUGGACUUCACCGUGCACUUCAAAGUGGAAUUGCUGUCGUACCUGCGGAUCGCUCGCCCUACGGAAGACCUGUAGCAUCGAGUGUGGUCUUCCUUGGAAGCAAAGGUGUGUAUCAGGAUGAUCAAGAUAUGGGAGGAAAGAUUAUAUAUAGUGGCCAUGGCGGAUUAAUCUGCGGUAAAAAAAGUGAAUAUCAAGACCAAAAAUUAGAGAGGGGCAACUUGGCUCUUUCAAAUAGCUUCGAGCUGAAAGUUCCUGUACGAGUGAUAAGGGGCCACAGGUUCCACAACUCUAGAUCUGGAAGACUUUACUCUUAUGAUGGACUGUACAGGGUGACUAAAGUAGAUUAUCAGACCGGCGUUCAUGGGAACAAGGUCUACCUGUUUACAAUGGUGAGGAUUCCGGGUCAAGGGCCGAUUCCAGUUGCAACCAGGUCUGCGCUGUUGUAUAAAGGAGAACCUGAUACUGAUCAUUAUUACCCUUCACGAGCCAGGAGAAGCCGGAACCGUAGAAUCCGAGGCUCACAAGGGAGGUUGGCAGCCUCUGGAUCGAGGUCUACAACUUGCAAGCCAGAAUUUACUACAACUGGUGAUGAAAUGGCUAUGCUGCCUCCAGCACAUAUUUCUGAGAAAGUAUCUACGUCUGUUCCGUAUUCUGGUUCUGUGCCAUCUCUAUCGCAGUUCGCAAUUCCCCAGCAAGAUUUUGCGGAAAAGUUUCUACGAACACCCAAAGUGGAGCGAAUUUAGGCUUCCAAGAACAAUUCUUACCUGCUUCACUGAUUUCUGUUAGUUCUUAUUACAACUGAGGGCAAUAUUUGCAUUUAAGAUUUUCUUAGGAUCAUCAUCUACAUUAUGUGAUUUAAGUGGAGCAAAACAAUUCGGAGCCAGUAAAGUCGGUCAACACAUCUUUAGAAAUGCUGAGGCAGAAGGAUGUUCUUGAGCUCUCUUUACAGGAUUUCAAAUAAAGUAGAAUAUAACCCAGGCCCCCGUGAAAAUAAGUGUCGCUAUAUCACUAAGUUCUCUAAUGCUCCGAACGCAUCAGUGACCAGGUUAGCUUCACUCACCGUAGAGAUGUUGCUGUAACUAGGGGAUGGAGAAGUGCAAGUAAAGCUCAGACAGUGACGAUUAAAUAAUGCUCUGU